AUGCCAGUAGAAAAUGAAAAAUUCAAAUUUACUUAUGAUUGGUUUAGUUAUAACAUUCAUAGUUGGAAAAAACAUUUAUUCCAACUUAAAAACGAAAAAAUUAAUGUUCUCGAAAUUGGAGCUUUUGAAGGAAGAGCAACGGUUUGGAUUUUAGAAGAAUUGUUUAAAAAUCCUGAAUCAAAAUUGAUUUCAAUCGAUCCAUUCGAUGAUGUUCUUGUAGAUUAUAAAGUAAACGUUAAAAGUUAUGAAGCAACAUUUUAUGAAAAUAUCAAAAUGACUGGCAAAGAGAAACAAAUUGAGGUUAUGAAGAGUACUUCUUUUGAAGCACUUACCAAAUUAAACCAUGAAUCAAAGAUUAAAUUUGAUUUUAUUUACAUUGAUGGUUGUCAUGUUGCUUCUAAUGUAUUGGCGGAUGCUGUAUUAGCAUGGAGUCUCUUAAAGGAUGGUGGAAUUAUGAUUUUAGAUGAUUACGAAUGGGAUCGAUAUAAAGAAGAAUAUAAUAAUCCAAAGAUAGCAAUUGACACGUUUAUUAAAUGUUAUGAACCACAAACAGAAGUAGUUCAUAAAGGCUACCAAGUAAUUAUUAAAAAAGUUAUUAGAGAAAGAAAACAAAGUGAAAUAGAUGAUUUUCCGGGACACAUGAAACAAACGAUUAUGAAGUUUUAUGGAAUAAAUGAUUAUGAAGUUUUAUAA